CUCCCAGUUAAAGGCGGACAGGACCCCAACCCAGCUGAGGAACGGAGGAUGGGCGCCCCAUUUGGGAGUCGGCUAUGUAUGUCUGAGAGCAACUCGGGUUCUGGCGGCAUCCCUCUAAAUGUAUUCGGUAGGACCGAGAAAGCAACGUGUGAAAUAGUUCACAUCCUCUGAAAUCGGACGGCUCUCCAGCUAUUUCUUUCGUCCACCCCAUUCAUUAUAGCCAAUUCAUGUACAACUUUCGAUGCAGCCACGGAAAGCAGCUAACGGGGCUGUUCCCUGUUCGAGGCGGAACCUUGGUGCUGGGCUGUGUGGAGAAGGAGGGAAGUGUUACGCGUUACUCUCGGCGGAAGCGGGCGGACGAGGGCGGAAUGGCAGCGGGGCAUUUGCAGCAAUUAUGGGGGGCAGCGGGACUCGGGCUGUGCCGAGGGGCGCUGGUGGGUCGUUUCGCCGCUCUUCGCCCUCUUGGCCUGCUGCUUCCCCCGCAGCCUCGACUCUUGGUGGUGGCAGUUCGGGGGGCUGCAGGCGAUGGCGGCCUGGAGGCGAACUCCUUCUUUGAGAAAUACCAAAGCAAGAUCGACGCGCUUCGCAGAUCAAAUCCAGAUAUUUUUGAAUCCCGAAUGGAGAAGAAGGAUGAUGUGAAAAAGCAACCACUGGGAUACUCACAACAAGCAGAGUUUGUCAAACACAUGGAGGAAAAGGCCAAAGAUGAAACCCAAAAAACCCAAUUCACAAAAAAUAAGACACUUGAUUCCAUAGUCAACGUUGAGAUGAUAAAACGGAAGAAGCCAGAAGAAAUAAAGCAGAUAUGGAAGCAAUAUUUUUCUGGAGAAGACACAGUUUAUGCAGUUAUUCCUGGGAAAACUUUUGAUGUGAUGUGGAAACGAAUUCAGAACUGCCCAUCUUUCCUGUAUGCAUUGCCAAGGAAGGAAGGCUAUGAGUUUUUCAUGGGACAGUGGUCAGGACCAGAACUCCACUUCACUUCUCUGAUAAAUAUCCAGACUCUGGGUGAAGCUGCUCCUAGCCAGUUGGUCUUGUAUCAUUAUCCUGAACUUCAAGAGGAAAAGGGAAUUGUACUCAUGACAGCAGAAAUGGACUCUAAAUUUUUGAGUGUGCAAGAAGCUCAGUGCCUAGCCAGCCAGGUGCAGCUGUUUUAUGCCACAGAGCGCGAGGAGACCUACCGCUUAGUGGAAACGUUUAACCACUGUCCCGACCAGUUUAAGUACAUGUCUGUAAUAAGUGAGCUUGAGCAAAGCAGAGUUGGGCAAGAACUGAGGCCUCAGCUGGACCCUGCACAGCCCAGUGCUUGAAAGGUGCAGCAGCAUCAAGCAAAGAGAGUAGAUAUGGCAUUGAUCUUGCCUUGGAGUUGCUGUCGUAGACAACGACAAUCCCUACGGGGGGAAAAAGCUGCUUUUGUCUUUGAUUAUGUGAAGAAAUGAUCACAUCAAGUGGGCUAUGCAGUACGAUAGGAAUGUGGAGGCUCUUGCAUAGCAUCAUUUAUUUCUGAAUGGUAAAUGAAAUGAUAAAAUGAAUAAGCAUUUAUAAUUACUGUGGGUUUCUUUUCAAAUUGCUCUCCUCCAUUACACACUGCUUAGUGCCUUUUUGUACUUAUGAAGAUCCUGAAUGUCAAGCAAAGUAUCAGGGGUUAGCUAGGAACUACUGGAGGUAGAGUUCCUACACAGUCUUUGUGUGUGUGUUUGUGUGCGUGUGUGUGUUUGUGUGCGUGCGUGCAUAAUCUCAUCAGUGGGCAUCAUUGACUAGACCAGGGGUCAGAUUUUCAACCCAGCACCUAUUUUGGGUUGCACCCGAGAGAUAGCCCCCAAAUAAUUAAAAUAAAAUUAAAAAUACCACAAAAAUUAAGAAUGACAGGACAUGCUCUAGUAGUUUUGAUUAUGUGGGACUCAGGGUUUUUUUUUCAGCAUUGGGCAGGUUGCAUGUUGCUUUAGGCUGCAUUUUGCCUGCUCCUGAGUAAGAGCCUAAGAGCUAAAACUAAAACUAAAAAAUACAGACAUAGAAAAACAGCAAAUGUGAAAGACAUAUCUUGAAAAGAAUAUAAGUAGAGAUGGGCAUGAAACUGGGUUUGGAGAUUCCCCUGCCUCCCCGGCUGAAUCCCUGACUCACCAGCCAGCGCACACUGCUCUCUUCCUCUUCUUUGGCUGUUCAACCAGUCUCCGGCAGGGGCAUGGGCUUCCCUUCCCUGCUUCCUUGGCUGAUCGCCCACUCAGACAAGAACAGGGAAACUCGAGCUCCUGCCGGGGAACUGGUCGAACAGCUGAAGAGGAGGAAGAGAGGAACGUGCUCUGACUGGUGGAGUGGGUCAUUGGCAUACAAACCAGCAUGAACCUCUGGUCUGAGGUCCAUGCCCAUCUCUAAACAUAAACAUAAAAACUAUUUCAUGAGUAAAACCAAAAAACAUGAGCUGAUUUGAUUUGAGGCUAGCUUGACUAUGAAGGGAUGAGUGUUUACCACAAUGUUUUGUCCUGUGAGGGCAGGGGGCGAGAUGGGAAGCUGUUGUCAUUUUUCUCCAAAAGGAGAGAGAGAGAGAGAGACUAUUUUUUUCUAAUUCUGGCAAUACAUCCAGGCCUAAAGAAAAGGUACAGACCUCCUACAUAAAAGCAGAAAGGAAGGGAGAAAAUAAGAUAUUUGGCAUAUAAUUUAACAAAUGAAUUAGGAGGAAAAUGUUUGUA